UGCAUGGAGUGGUUCAAAGCUGCUAAUCAACGAAGACAUCCAGGAGAUUUCUGAGUUUUUGUCAAAGUUGCCUGCAAAUGAGCAAUCCCAAAAGCCUUCGCAAUCUGCCAAAUCCAUGUCUCUUUGGUCUGGUGGAUCUCAGUUUACAACACUUGAAAAAUUUGUUCAUAAGGCAAAGUGCAUUCCUUUGAGUCAAUUCUGCAAAAUCAAACAAGACAUGUUAUGUGUUACUGUUGGAACUACCACGAAAUUUUAUGUAUCCAAGCAUGGUUGGUUUUACUAUGGAUGCACAAAGUGCUCUGUGAAGGCUACUGAUUUGAACAAUCCAUACCAGUGUGUGUGUGGCGAAAAUGUUCACAAACCCAUACCAAGGUACAAAGUUGAUAUAUAUGUUUAUGACGGUGAAUCAAAGUUCCGGUUUGUAUUUUGGGAUGCCGACUGUGAGCAGAUUAUAGGACAAUCUGCUGAUAGCAUGCAUAAAUCAAUGUUAGAGAAUGGUGAAGAUGAUCCCAUGGUUUAUCCUGACGAGCUUGACAUGUUGUUGGAGAAGAAAAUGGCUUUGAGAGCUAAAGUACAGCCAACCUUUGGGCAAGCAUCUGUUUGGAAGUUUUCUUAUGAUGAAGAAUUUGUCAGUCAAAUUGAAAAGGAUUAUAUUGCUGAUGAGGCUCAUAGUCUUCCUCCCAUUCAAAAUGCUGUUGCUGAUCAUGUUGAUACUUCCAUGGAGUCCUUCUCUGCAUUUGGAGAAAAUGAUCCUGAGAAGAGUUUGGCCAAUACCCCAUCAAAGAGUGUUUCUCAUGGUGUUGAUGCUGAAGAAUCGGAUUGUCAGCUUUUAGGACUUACACAAUAUUCAGGAACCAAGCCACCCAAAAAAGUGAAGAUUGAACCAAAUGCUUGA